AUGCUGAUAGCAUUCGCCCUUGACAAUGACCUCAGAAGGCCAAGAAGUCUGGACGCGCACCCUUACCGAGUCAAUUAUAUCACAGAAGAGGUCAUCAUCAGUAUCAGGGAAGAGACGUUCCUCUGCCCUGCCUUUCUUCAAAGGCGGUCCGUCGAAGCCGUUGCCAUCACCACUGACGUCAUCAUCCUCUUCCAACACCAGUCUCUUCUUCUUGCGAACGGGAUGGAUGGAGUCCUCUUCUUUAUCGCUGCCUUAUAUGAACUAAAAGACACUGCCAUGGGUAAGAGGCUCCGAGAGUGUGUGACACCAACAAGGGAUUCCUCUCAAGAAAGACGAGGAAGGACAGCCGAGGAUUGCUCGGAAGGGAGAGGUGAUAGUAUAGACCCCUAUGUGAAUGGAGGGGCUAGGCCGCGAUAUGUGGAUUCCAGUCUCAGGGAUAGGAGAUUGACCCGUGCAACUCAGCCUGGGGACAAUUCAUCUGAAAACACAAUUGCAAAUGGCUUGCCUCCUCAACCCAGUCCCAUGACACGCUUAACUCUAGGAAACUCUCAGGAGUCACAAUCCAAUAUUUUCCGCUUUCCGACUUGGUCGAGUGCAGAAUCUCCUUCACAAACUAUGGAAGAGGGGCAGGAGUUGUUGGAAAACUUCAUCCAUGAAGAGAUUCAUCGGCAUGGUCUCAUUGAACCUGACUGCCCUUCUCCAGAAUUCCAUGGCAGGAGACCUGGAGUGCCUGGAGAAUACUCACAGCCUGGCUGGCAAGAAGUCGGAAAUGAGCUACGAGUUCUUGCAGAGAGGUUUUCUCAAUGUGAGGAGAGACAACGAAUUCUUCAGAGAGCUGAAUCAGUUGACAUAUCUUCCCUAAAAGAAGAAAGCUUCUUUGAGCUUCUUGAAGAACUCUUCCAGGCAGCUGUGAUUGGAACAGUAACAGUGAUGUCAUCACUGGUCAAGCAGUGUGUCCUCACUGGAAUUGCCAUCCUUGUUGCAUAUGGAUUUUAUAGUGCCUUCUGGAAGAAAAAGGAAGAGAUGGAAGAGCACAGCAGGGUUCCUAUUCGGGACCCAAGUGGGCCGGAUGAGUCUGAGGUGAAUGCACGUGCUGAAUCCAAUCCUGAUGUACCUGCCAUGCCUGCACAAGUUUAUGGUCUUGAUCUCAGCGCAUGUGGUGACUCAGUGUGUGUCCGUAUGAAUGCAGAUAUGAACCCACCAUCAUCAUCAGACACAGAACCAUUCCUUUCAAUGAAUCCAGACACUGGCACUGAAUGCUCAACUUCAACAUCUGUUGAGUGCAUGCAUUUUGGCACUGUGGCAGUCUCAGCUGGACUUUCAUCUUCAGAUACAGUGGCUGAACAGUCACUCCUGAAUUUGAAUGCAAUCACUUCAACCACAAAUGGUGAAUCAUCAGUAGUAAAUGUAUCAGUGCCAAAUGCUUUCCCAGAGCCUCCUUCUUGCUCAGAAUCUAGCGGUUUUUCAUCUGAAUUGAAGGCUGAUGAUACUUCUAGCAUCUCAUCUAUGAGUGCAUAUACCAGUAUCAGUAAUCAGCCUUCUGAUUAUAUUGUCACAUCAGAUGAGCUCCCAUCCUCAGAUUUGUUGGUUUCAAAUGUGUCCAAUGAGCUCCAACAACACAGGAGAGCCAAUGAGUUCUCAGCAGAGGGUAUGAUGGAUAAAGAUAUAUCAAACACCAGUGAGAUUUUCCCUUAUGGUGUUGCAACAACUGAUACAGGUAAUGAAUGUGCUGCCACAUCAAGUGAACUCUCAUCUUUGAGUGCAUUGGUUUCAAGUGCACCUAAUGAGCCUGCAUCUCAUAAUGAAUCAGAUGGGUUUUCAUCUGCUCCCUUGUUGGCUGAAAUUGAACCAAAUCUUGAUGGUGUGUCAUCAUUGAGUGCAGUGGCCACUGGUGCAAGUUCUGAAUACUCACCAGACAAUACCAUGUCUACAUGUCCAUUGGAUACAAAUGCUCAUGUCAGGAAUGAAUCUCUGCUGCCUGGAAGCAGUGGAAUGUGUCAUCCUCAACCUGCAUCUAGUGAAUCAAUGCCCAAAACUGAUUCAAAUUCUGACCUUGCUGACAAUAUGAGGAUACCAGAUUUUUCCAGCAGCUUUGGACCAAAUCGCUUUGUUUGCAGUGUUGAUCAUGAUGCUACAGGAGAAGGUGCACAAGUUGUUGAUGAUAAUGAAGCAAAGCCCAUUCAGGAUGAGUGCUCAACUUCAUUGGACACAUCUGCUGAAUGUCGCCAAGAUAGCAAUGAUGGUGAAGUUACAUCCUCAAUUGACAUACAAUACUCAAAUGAUUAUGUGGAUGCUUGUUAUGCCCCCAACAGUAGCUCGUCUUACUCAGAAGGAGGGGUGCAAAAUGAUAAUGAGGCAUCAGCAUGCAGCACUGAAGCAACUGGCAGCAAUGAAUCAGAUCAAAAUGUGACACAGCAUCAACUACAACAUGAAUGGAGUAAUGCAGUACGUGUGGAAGUGAGUUCGUCUUCAGACAUGAGAAUGGUUUCCCACCUGAGAGAAGCUAUCUUCCGGGAGCUGCGACAGACAACAGUGGAAGAACCAGAGGCAGCAGUUGAAGGUGCACGGACACAGAGCUCUUGUGUGUACAGUGAGAUGCCAUGCGAUACCACUGACCUGCAUGAGCCAUCAUCCUCCUCUGACACCGAAUCCUAUAGUGAUACAUACAGUACUCCUGUGCAAAGCCCUGGGCUGCAGCUGCUUCAACCAGGCACCUCCUACCAUCACAUCCAUGAUGAAACCAAACAGCCGGUGAGGAGCAGCCUGAAGAGGAGAAUAGAAGAGGAUCCUGAUGAAGAUUCUACUCCUACUCCACCCAAGCAGAGGAAGACAUUGGCCUUUAAUGAUGUUACCGUAUAUUAUUUUCCCCGCACACAGGGUUUCACAUGUGUGCCUAGUCAAGGUGGAUCGACACUGGGGAUGACAUUGCAACAUUUCCACAGCGAGCAACUGUCACUCGGUGAACAUGAAACUGCUCAAAAGCGGCUUCACAAGGCCAUGCUCAUGGAGCUCAAGGCUCAGGAUCGACGGAUGAGCCGAAGUGAAGACAGUCACAGUGAGGAAGAACUGAGUGAUGUCAGUGACUCUGAUGUGGAAGUUGACAGCUAUAUGUUCUUACAACCUGUGUCUACACGCCAAAGGAGAGCACUGUUGAGGGCAUCUGGAGUGCGAAAGAUUGAUGCCCUUGAGACAGACGAGUGUCGGAAUAUCCGUGUCUCUCGAGAGUUCUGUGGCUGCCAGUGCAAGGUCUUCUGCAGACCUGAAACCUGUCUCUGUGCAAUCUCUGGAAUCAAAUGCCAAGUGGACAGGCAGAAUUUUCCAUGUGGAUGCACACGGGAAGGCUGUGAGAACCCUCAUGGUCGGGUAGAAUUCAAUGCCCACAGAGUGAGGAGCCAUCUGGUCCAGACGUUGAUGAGGUUGGAGAUGGAGCGAAAGCAGACAGAAGCACUCUCCUUGAUGCAACAAGCUGAUACACAGAGACAGGACCAUCAGGAGCAGCUUGACCAGGACCAACAUCACCAUCAGGUCCAUCAAGAGCAUCAGCAGUGGCUUCAGAGGAACUUUCAGAUGCAAAACUAUGGGAAUAGAGAGAAGCCAUCAAAUGAAGGAGAAUCGAGUGAAGCCAGUACAUAUAAUGGCCUCCAGUACCUCCCACAUUCAUCCACCAACACCGAGUACUCGGGCACAUAUACCACUAACCCACAGGAGGUUGUGAUGAGCCCAUAUUUUGGGGUGCGGAUCCCAGGCUUUUCACACAAUACAGGCGACAUCCCCACCUUCCCCUCGUAUCACCUACCUGUUCAUGCCCUCACCUAUGUCCGGGAUCCCAGUUGUCCCUUCCAUAGCAUUUAUCUCAACCCCAAUGCAGGAUCAUCGGCAUCAUCAUCUGGAUUUGAACCCCCGAGGUACUUGGAGGCACCAUCGAGUGAACCGGCAAAUGAUGGUGGUGUGGAAGCCAAAAAAUCAGAUGAGGAGCCAAUUGAGAGCAGUGAAAGUAGCCAGAUGUCUGAUGAAGGUGGAGGAGGAAAUGAGGACUUCGGUCAAAUCAUCAAAAAGAGCAUGGUGGAGACUGUCUCUGCCUGA